AAGAGGCGUUUAUUUUCUUUUGUAGAUUUGCAACUGCCUUUGGAAUAUUUUUUAAAUGUCUUUACAUUCAUGAUAGGUACUUGAAAUAUCACAUUACGCAGUGUGUGUGUGUCAGUGUGUGUGUAUAUAUGUAUGCAAAAUAUAUGUGCAGCGAGGGAGAUUUAUAGAUGGAGAUUUUCGAAUUAUACUCAGAAUAUGUGAACGCAUUUAUAGUUAAACUUAGGAAAUGUAUUUGAAUGCUUUCCAACAAAAUGGAACUACGUCCACACAAUGAAUCACGUUGCUGAUGAAGAGAUUAACCGCAUUAAAACACGAAUAAAAACAAUAUUAAAUGCGCAAUGCAGAGGUAUCACUGCCUUAGAACCAAAUAAAACAAACACGUGGGUCCUCACGGACCGGACAGUCUGCAAGUUGUAGACUUGGUUUACUUUUGUCGGCAGAAAUCAUUUCUUUCCCCCUUAAAAUCUCACAGACUUGUCAGUUGAUGAAGCAAUUAGAAAAUGUAGGAACUAGCUGAUCAUGUCUUAAAUGUUUCUAUGACAAUCCAACUGAUUUAUUAAGAAUGUGGUUUGGGCAUGUUGCAGUAAUAUUAGAUGUUUAAACAUUUUUAUCGGUUUAAAUGGCACUCCAGAUCUGUUAUAUUUAACGCUGGCACGGUUGUGCCAAAUUUCAACAGAAUCUAAGUGGUUAUAUGACCAAGUACCACCACUAGAAACGAAAGUAAAAGUUAAUGUGUAAUCGGAACGUUGUCCUUUAAACUUCAGAGAGAAAAAAGAAAAUAACAUUUAAAGAUUUUCACCUGAGUUAAAGUAACCCGGGGCACCUAUGGACAGAGGGGACAAACUUUUCAAGAGGAGCCUUUCGAUUAAUUAUUAAACAAUUGGUUCCACUCAUUCCUAUUGUGAACAAUGCUUUUUCAGAAGGCCAAUGCCACGAAUAGAGGAAAAGAAUAAAAUAUUAACUUUCAUAAAUCGAUUUUUUUUUGUUUCGGCAAAUUGAUGAGGUUUUUUCACGUUCCAGACUUUUAUUAUCUCAAUGAUUUUAUUCAGCGUUAUUUGAUCAGUUGACAAUAUUUCACAGGCUACACGUGCACGAAGUUAAUAAAAUUUUCUUAUCAGUGUGAUUUGCUACUUUAUUACCUCAGCUGCACACCAACUUUGGGUCGAUGAUACUUUUACAAUGCCACUGCGUUCAUUUUCUCGCCAGCUGACGUAUCCCAUAAUAUUACAGAAGAGUGGAAAUCUGUAACCCAAGAAUUCCCAGUAUUUCUGCAACCCAGCCUUUUUAGAAGCUAUACUCGAACAUCAUAUUUUUGUAUUUUUUUAAAAUAACACAUUAGGGAUUGACAAAUUAACAAUGGGUUAGGUGGUUAACAAUGGUUAACAAUGGACCAGAUAAUUCAAAGAUGCAUUAUCAGUGUAGAAAUAUGCAAAGUUAAGAUACUGAUUUAUAUUACUUAUGUUAGCUGUGAUUGUAUUCGGAUGGACUUCCAUUGAUAAUAAACACCCAACGGUCUUAUUUAGACUUUGCAUUGAACGAGUUCUAUUCUGAUUAACUUUUAUACUGUGGAGGUGGAAAUUCUUUUGAUUUGGAAGGAUCUUGUGGUUAUAAAUGGACAUUCCGGGUACUAUCCCCCCAAAAAUUGUGAGAAUUGAAUUGCGGGAUUAGAUUUAGUAAGCUUCGGGAGAUCUGCCAAGGUGAGACAGAUCGAUUGUAAAUUAUUUUGUCUACUUCAUAAAAUCAAACUAUCAGAUACAUUUGAUAGUAAACUGGCUCGGCGUGAUAAAUUCGGCUCCCUUAUCAGUUCAGGAAAUACCUUGCUUUCAAUUGUCACAGAUAAACCAAGAAACUCAAAAAUAAUGCAGAUUCGCUAUCAGUCAUUAUUGUGGUGUUUCGAUAAUGGUUUAAAACUAAAUGGUCAGUUUCAAAAUAUGAACAGACAUUGCAAUAUUUUCGCGUAACUUUAUACUCGAUAAUAGAAUGCAGUUUGCAAAUUAUUUCAACUAUUAACACCCGUGCAUAUAUACGAAAUAGCCGCAUAGAAUUUUCUGAUAUGGAGAAGAUCUUUUCGAAGGAAGUUCAUGCGCGCCUUUAGUGAACUCUGAGUUAUCUCAGAACCUUGCACCUUUAUUUGGAAGCACGGCGUUCGCUUUCACUCGAAACCCUUUGCAUCUGGAUUGGAAAGUAAAAGUCUUUAAAUGAGGUUGAAUAAGAUAUGUGUAUUAUUGUCCAAUAGCAAAUAGUCCGUAAUAUUUUUACAUCAGGAACAUUAUUUUGUGUAAAAGCGGUUGAUAUUUAAAGUAGCAAGCGGAAUGGGACGCUAGCUUCGCAAAAUCUAUGUUUUACUGCUCCGCACAGAGCCUCUCGUAAAAACCCUAACUGCCGUUCACUGCAUGUUAUAAACAAUAACAGGCUGUGCUUUUAUUACGCGUUAUAGUUCCUUAAUCUCUUUCCUAUAGUUCUCAGAUGACUGUUACUGUUCUAGGUUCCGUCCAAGUACCAGUUAAAAAGCUUUAUUAAUAAUAGGAGAACGGGUCAUUAAAUUGUUAAAUACUACUAGAUUUCAAAAUUCUUUCAGAUGAAACUUAAAAAAAGAUCCAAAUAAUUUGCUUUUGUAUGCCAUUGGAGUUGUCGCUACACUGCAAUAACUUGGGAGGAAAAAUAGCAAUUAGAUCCACAGUUGAUAGUAAUUAGAUUUUCGGAUUGGUACAGUACUUCCACGUCUUGUUGAUGUAACUCUGACCUUUAAAAGAGACGCAUAUUCUCAUUAAAUGGUUUGGAAAUUAACGUCUGAAUGUCUAUCCUUUACUUCACAACAGCGUGGAUACUUCCCCUUAUCAAUCUUUUGGUGGCGUAUGUAUUUCAUCUGUUGUAAAGCGGCUGAUAUCCCGGUAAUGAACAUGGUUGAAUAUAUUAAUCCGCAUAUUCCCCCCUCUCUAUCUUUCCCUCAUUCCCUCUCUCUCGCACCAUUCCCUUUUCACACGGUGCAGUGUCCGUACGGAGUAAGCGAAGCCAAUAGGACGUGGUUGAGGUAAUAAAUGCAAAUUAUCAUGAAAAGAGACGGCAAAAUAUGAAACAACUCAUUUGGGCUGAAGUAAAUCACAGAAAACUGUUUAUGAGUGAACCUCUUCACGAAGAUGUGAUGCCAGGACACUAUUUGUUGAGAUCAAUAAGAUGAAGGUUUAAUUUUUAAAAAAAAACUUGGCUUGUUUGCUUGUCUGAUUACCAAACACUAAGUUCCAUUUGUUGAGCAGAAAGAUCUUAGUCCUUCCCAAUGAGCUCCUACUUUGUCAAUUCGUUGUUUUCCAAGUAUAAAAGUGGGGAGACGCUGCGCCCCAAUUAUUAUGACUGUGGUUUCACCCAGGACCUAGGCGGCAGACCCACCGUGGUUUAUGGACCCGGCACCGGGGGCAGCUUCCAACAUCCCGGCCAGAUCCAGGAUUUUUACCACCACGGCGCAGCUACCCUCUCCACCUCCGCCUACCAGCAAAAUCCGUGUGCGGUGACGUGUCACGGGGAUGCCGGCAGUUUCUACGGCUACGAUGCCCUGCAAAGACAGCCAAUUUUCGCUGCCCAACAAGAGGCCGAACUGAUCCAAUAUCCCGACUGCAAGUCGACGGCUACCAACCUAGGAGAAGAAGCAGAGAUUUCAGACCAGAGUUCAUCCCCGACACAGCUGUUUCCGUGGAUGAGACCGCAAGUAGCUGCAGGACGGCGCAGGGGAAGACAAACAUACAGUCGCUAUCAGACACUAGAACUUGAAAAAGAAUUUUUGUUCAAUCCAUAUCUGACUCGCAAACGGCGGAUCGAAGUGUCACACGCCCUGGGACUGACCGAGAGACAGGUCAAAAUUUGGUUCCAGAACAGACGAAUGAAAUGGAAGAAGGAAAAUAACAAAGACAAGUUUCCCAGCAGUAAAUCUGAAAUUGAGGAAACUCCAAAGGGGAAGGACGUGAAAGAAGACGAAGAAAAAGAUUAAUAACAAUAAAAUAAUAUUGAUACUUUACAACACAAGAGGUUAAUCCGAGGGGGAAAGGAAAAAAAAUAAUGUAGACAGUUUUUAAAUAGUGCGGGUGCGAGAAGCAGAACAAAUUUUCCUGUUUACUGUUUGAUACACAAGAUUGUGUGCAAAUGGAUGGAGGUGCAGAUUAAAAUGAGUACUUCAACUUUUUACCAGCUAUAUACAUGUGGUUGUGUAGCACUCUAGCUGUAAUAAGUGAAUUCUUGUGAAAGUAUUUAAUGUGAAGUUCAUAGAUCAAUGUUCUAGUGUGUCUGUGUCUUUUGAAAUACUGCUGUAGAAUAUUUAAGCCGUGUGCACUACUUCAGCUAAUAACCAUUAGCUUUAAGGAAAAUCCCGACAACAUGAAGCUGCCUAUUUAAGCUUUAGCGAUUUUAGAUUGUGUUAUUGUUUACGGUCUUUGUUGUAUUUAUAUUAUUGCUUUCUCCAAAUUGGCAUGUGCAGACGUAAAGACUGUUUUUUUUAAAAAGAACAAAACAAGAAGAAACUGGUCUUUCAGUUUUAACUGUGAGAAAAGUCUACUGUAUACGUGAAUUGCUUUAUUUAGGGGAGGUGGGGGUGGUGGGAAUGAAGGACUGGUCAUGCAUUAAUGUUAUAGUCGAGAUUGGGCUAUUGUUUGAACAUGCAAGCGGCGGAAAAGGGUACAAUAAACUUUACAAGCGAAAACAGAACUGUGAAAUUGCUCGGCUUUUUUUCUAAGUAGAAUUUAUUUGAAUGAGGAGAUUUGGCAAAAAGAAAUUGCAUAUAUUGUGCAGUCUGCAAACAGACAGAUGGAUAGAUAAUAUUGUUGAAAACUGAGCAUUAAAUAUCAAUAAGACAUUGCAA